AUGCGCGUCCAUGAUGCCCCUCGAGCGUCGUCAGUCAUGUUGGUCGGUUCCAAGACCAAGUUAGCACCGCUUAAACCGUUAUCGAUUCCGAGGCUCGAGCUGAAUGCUGCAGUGUUAUUGUCACGCUGGAUGAGCCGAAUAUUUUUAUUAUUAAAUACGCACAUCGAUAUCGUUGACAUGUGUGCCUGGACGGAUUCGUUGAUUGUGUUGUCAUGGUUAACAGUGCCCCACGACACGUUCAAGCAAUAUGUAUCAAACCGUGUUCACCAGGUACGGGCAUUGUUGCCGAGUUGUCAAUGCCACCACGUCAGUUCGGGGAUGAACCCAGCUGAUUGUAAGUCCCGUGGGCUGAUGCCGUCUGAGUUGCCGCACCAUCAGUUAUAUUGGCAGGGCACCGCCUUUCUCCGUGACCCUCCACAGGAAUGGGGGAGUGACAUCGCGCGUUUGCCCAUUGCGGAACUAUCAGAAGUUAAAUCCAUGUCACCUGCAGUUUGUUUAGCUGCCCCCACGGUCGAAUGGUUCACGCGUGUCUCGUCUUACGACGCACUUAUACGUGUGGUCGCGUGUGUGCGCCGGUUUAUCGACAUUUUUCGCCGACGUCCUGCCGAGAGAUCGAAUGCGCUUACUCGAGCAGAGCUCGACGGUGCAACUCGUGUGGUAAUCGCUGCGUCUCAACGUGUCACAUUUCCGACAUUAAUCAGCGACCUGCGAAAAUUACAUCGCUUAGCAUCCAAGCCGUUGGCAUGGCUGUGCCCUUUUGUCGAUUCCGAAGGUAUAAUCCGCGUCGGUGGACGCUUACGUCAUUCAGAGUUACCGUACGAUUGUCGUCAUCCAAUUUUGUUAGCAAAAGGUUCGUAUCUCGCGCUGCUGGUGUGUCGUCACUGGCACAAAAUCACUGGGCACUCGGGACCACGGGUAAUGACCUUCUUGAUACAUCGGCAGUAUUGGAUUGUGUCGCUGCGUUCCGUUGUCCAUUCCGUCAUUAGUCAAUGCACACGGUGCGUGCGUCUCCGCGCGUCCAUCCCCACGCCCGUCAUGGUGGACUUGCCGGAAUCGUGGGUGUCGCAAUGUCGCCCGUUUUCUUGUGUCGGUGUUGAUUACGCCGGGCCUAUACCUAUACGUGAAAAUAAAUUACGGAAAUCUCGGACGUACAAGGCAUAUAUAGCCGUGUUCGUAUGUAUGAGCGUCAAAGCCGUCCAUUUGGAACUCGUAUCAGAUUUGUCCACUCCGGCCUUUCUCGCCGCCUUUGACCGGUUCGUCGCUCGGCGUGGCUUGCCUACGACGGUUUAUUCCGACUGUGGGACAAAUUUUGUUGGUGCCGACAGACAAUUGCGUCAGCUGAUUAAUAGCAUUUUAAACCAUUUUCUCGUCACUUAA